AUGGACUCCCAACAGCCCCCACAACGAGAGGAGGAGGAGCAGUCCGAGCCCACGGAAGACCCAUCAAAUGGUGGUGGUGCUAGAAGCGUUGCUUCUAGCCAACCGGUACGUCGUUUGCCUACUCCACCACGGCCACCAUCAGCCCCUAGAGCUCCCACACCGCCGAGACAAAAUGCGGCCAUGAAUGUAAGCGAUGGACGCUUCCCAGCUCACGACCCAUACUUCCAUCCACGCCUCCCCCGCGAUCAUCCUUAUCACCUUGGGCCAAGACUAGGAGAAAAACCCCAUCGUCCCGUCUAUGGAAUACCCCCUCCACCUCCCAUGGGUAUGACUCGGGAGGAAAGGGAAUGA